AUGACAUUCGAAAGGCGACUAAACAUAGCUACACAGACUGCAGAAGCCCUUGCUCAUAUACACUCAACAACACAAAUCAUUCAUAGAGAUAUUAAAUCAUCAAAUAUACUUUUGACCGAUUACUACACUGUUAAGGUUUCUGAUUUCGGGAUAUCAAAGUUCAUUCCUAUGGAUCAGACUCACAUACAAACAUUGGUGCAUGGGACUCUUGGAUACAUAGAUCCUGAGUACUUCUGGUCAGGGAUUUUGACAGAGAAGAGUGAUGUGUAUAGUUUUGGCAUGGUUCUUGUGGAGUUGAUUACAGGCAGAAAGGUCUUUUCACAUGAUGGAACUGAAAGUGACUUGGGCUUGGCCAUGUUUUUUGCUUCGUCACUAGAAAGGGGUUGCUUGAUUCAAAUUCUUGACGAUCAAGUGAAGAAAGAUGGGAUUAGUGAACGUAUUGAUUAUCUUGCCAAGAUUGCGAAAGGUUGUAUAGAGCUAGAGGGCAAGAAAAGGCCUAGUAUGGAGGAAGUAAAAGCGCAAUUGGAAAAGUUGAGACAAUCUUUCAUAAAUUAA